UAAUGAAAAAAGACAACUAAAAUGUAGAGUAACCCCACCUACAUUAUCUUGUGAAUCUUGUCCAACAAGAAAAAGCAAAUUCAUUUUUCAGCACACAACAAAAAAACCCACGCAAAUCAAAACUCGCGUUGACGCUAAAAAAUGAAUUCCGACGCUGAUUCCGUCGCUAACCCUCCAUCAUCACCACCGGAUAAUUCAUCACCACCACCACCGCCACCGUCAUCGAUCCUCAUCCCCGGCCUCCCAAACGAAGUUUCCAGAACGAUCCUCUCCAUGGUACCUUACGCUCAUCACGCUCGUCUCAAAUCAACUUCCAAAUCAUGGAAAUCCGCACUCUCAUCGAAAUCAUUUCUCAACACACUCUUAGGUCAAAACCGUAACAAUCUCAUCUGUAUCUUCCCUCAAGAUCCUUCAAUCGCCUCGCCGUAUCUCUUCGAUGCUAACGCCGUUGCUUGGUGUCCGCUUCCUCCUAUGCCGUGUAACCCUCACGUUUACGGUUUGUGUAACUUCGCCGCCGUUGCGUUUGGUCCUCAUGUUUACAUCAUCGGCGGGUCGCUUUUUGACACUCGCUCUUUUCCGAUUAACCGCCCGUCGCCGUCUUCCGCGACUUUCCGUUUCAGUUUUCGUGAUUUCUCUUGGGAGAGUCGCGCUCCGAUGAUUUCGCCUCGCGGGAGUUUUGCGUACGCUGUGGUUCCUUCCUCCGGGGAAAUUAUUGUUGCCGGAGGUGGAUCGCGGCAUACGGUUUUUGCUGCGGCGGGAUCGCGGAUUCGGGCGGUGGAGAGGUACGAUGUGGUGGAGGAUGAGUGGGAGGAAUUGGAUCCUCUUCCGUGUUUUCGAGCUGGGUGUGUUGGAUUUGUGGAGAGGGGAAGGGAGGAGUUUUGGGUUGUUGGUGGUUAUAGUGCUUCUAGGACGGUUUCGGGGGUUUUUCCAGUGGAUGAGUAUUGUAGAGAUGCCGCGGUGAUGGGAUUGGAGGAUGGUUCGUGGCGCGAGGUUGGUGAUACAUGGGGUGAUGGGGAGGAUGUUAGGGCUGGGAAGAUUGUUGUUGGUGAUGAUAGUGGCUCUCCUUUGGUGUUCAUGCUUGAUGGGAAUGAGAUUUUCAGAUAUGAAAUGUCUUCAAACCGUUGGGAAUACGAGUCUCGUGUGCCGAAAAAAGCUCCCCUUGGUUCGGCCUUUGGCAUUGUAGUAGCAUCUGGCGAGCUGUAUGUAUUGUCGCAUUUAUAUGAUGAUGAUUUUGCUGAAACUCGAAGGUCCAGACCCUAUAAGAAGGCAGGAACCAUGUGCUUUCAAAUCUAUAAUCCGAAAAAGAAGAUGUGGAGAACACUGGUCACAAAAUCGCCUUUCACUCGACACAUAGACAUUACUAGUGCUGUAUUGAGCUCAAUACGUCUGUGAAUUGUGGUGUGUCUUAUUUGUAUAGUUUAGGCUUCUGCCAAAUUCAUUGUGCAGCAUAAUAUCUUUGACCACUGGGUUCCAUGAAGGUGGCUUAUAUUUGUAAAUUAAUGUGUUUAGUGCAUCUCUUGACUUGAUCAGGGUAUAGUUUAUAGGAAUUUGCAUAUUUUUCAGCUGUUAAUAAAGUGUGUUAAGCCUGAAGUAUUGAAUAUAUUGUAAUGGAUAUAGAAAUGAUUGUAGCUUGCAAAUUGUUACUUGUUUUUAAACUUUUGAAAUAAAAUAGUUGUGAAUGUAGUUCUACUUGGUA